UGCGAACGCCGGAACCGGCCUUCAGCCCGGCUGCGGCGCGCCCGCGAGGUACGUGCGGAGCGAGCCUGCAGCCUCCAGCGCGGGGCCCGUUCCCGCGUGUCGCAUUCCCGCAAGGCCAGCGGCGCUGUCAUGACAGCCGGCGCACCGGUUUCCCCGAACAGUACUAUAAGAUUGAUAUUAAAGACAUGGUUUUUACUCCUCUUCAUCAACACACAUAAGUUUUCUCUUCAUUUCGGACCCCUAUUUUAUACCACAAUGCAACAAGCUUUAGAACUAGCUUUGGAUCGUGCUGAGUAUGUUAUUGAAAGUGCCCGGCAGAGACCUCCAAAAAGGAAAUACCUGUCUAGCGGAAGAAAAUCUGUAUUUCAAAAACUUUAUGACUUGUAUAUUGAAGAAUGUGAAAAAGAGCCUGAGGUUAAGAAAUUAAGAAGAAAUGUGAAUUUGUUAGAGAAGCUUGUUAUGCAAGAGACAUUAUCCUGUUUAGUGGUAAACCUCUACCCUGGAAAUGAGGGAUAUUCUCUGAUGCUCAGGGGAAAAAAUGGAUCAGAUUCUGAGACCAUACGACUGCCUUAUGAAGAAGGAGAAUUGCUUGAAUACUUGGAUGCAGAAGAAUUACCUCCAAUUUUGGUUGAUCUCCUAGAAAAAUCUCAGGUUAAUAUUUUUCAUUGCGGAUGUGUCAUAGCAGAAAUACGUGACUACAGGCAGUCCAGUAAUAUGAAAUCUCCUGGUUACCAAAGUAGGCAUAUUCUCUUACGUCCAACAAUGCAGACUUUAAUCUGUGAUGUGCAUUCAAUAACAAGUGAUAACCAUAAAUGGACCCAGGAAGAUAAACUUUUGCUUGAGAGCCAGCUGAUCCUCGCUACAGCUGAACCACUGUGUCUUGAUCCUUCGAUAGCAGUAACCUGUACUGCAAAUAGAUUGCUCUAUAACAAGCAGAAGAUGAACACGCGCCCAAUGAAACGGUGUUUCAAGAGGUAUUCCAGGUCUUCGCUGAAUCGGCAGCAGGAUCUGUCUCAUUGUCCACCUCCGCCUCAGCUAAAAUUACUUGAUUUCUUACAAAAAAGAAAGGAAAGGAAAGCAGGUCAACAUUAUGACCUCAAGAUUUCUAAAGCAGGAAAUUGUGUAGAUAUGUGGAAACGGAGUCCCUGUAAUUUGGCCAUACCUUCUGAAGUGGAUGUGGAGAAAUAUGCUAAAGUGGAAAAGUCCAUCAAAUCUGAUGACUCACAACCAACAGUCUGGCCAGCCCAUGAUGUAAAAGAUGAUUAUGUAUUUGAAUGUGAAGCUGGUAAUCAGUAUCAGAAAACAAAGCUAACCAUUUUGCAGUCACUUGGUGAUCCACUUUACUAUGGUAAAAUACAGCCAUGUAAAGAAGAUGAAGAAAAUGACAGCCAGAUGUCUCCAUCCCACUCCUCCACAGAUGACCAUUCAAAUUGGUUUGUUAUUGGAUCAAAGACUGAUGCUGAGAGGGUAGUCAAUCAGUACCAGGAAUUGGUCCAGAAUGAAGCCAAAUGUCCAGUCAAAAUGUCACACAGCUCCAGUGGCUCAGCCAGCUUGAGUCAGCUUUCUCCAGGGAAAGAAACAGAACAGCCUGAGACUGUGUCAGUUCAGUCAUCAGUAUUGGGGAAAGGAGUAAAACACCGACCUCCACCCAUCAAACUCCCCUCAAGCUCAGGAAAUAGUUCCUCAGGUAACUAUUUUACACCACAGCAGGCCAGCAGCUUUCUUAAAUCUCCAACUCCUCCUCCUGCUUCCAAGCCACCAAGUCUUUCUCGGAAGUCAUCUGUGGAUCUCAAUCAAGUUAGCAUGCUUUCUCCAGCUGCCUUGUCACCUGCCAGUUCGUCACAAAGAUCUGGAACUCCUAAGCCAUCUACUCCUACACCAACCCCUUCAUCGACCCCACACCCUCCUGAUGCUCAGAGCUCAACUCCUAUUACCCCUUCAGCCACCCCUACUCCCCAAGAUUCAGGCUUCACCCCUCAGCCCACUUUGUUAACUCAGUUUGCUCAGCAGCAAAAGUCUCUGAGCCAGGCAAUGCCUGUAACGACCAUUCCUCUUUCCACCAUGGUAACAUCCAUAACUACAGGAACCACGGCCACCCAGGUCAUGGCAAACUCUGCUGGACUUAACUUCAUCAAUGUAGUGGGCUCUGUUUGUGGAGCCCAGGCUUUGAUGAGUGGUUCAAACCCUAUGCUGGGCUGUAACACUGGUGCCAUAACUCCUGCAGGAAUAAACCUGAGUGGCCUUCUACCCUCAGGAGGUCUGCUACCAAAUGCAUUGUCCGGUGCAAUGCAGGCAGCUUCUCAAGCAGGUGUUCCAUUUGGUUUAAAAAAUACUUCAAGUCUCAGGCCCUUAAAUCUACUCCAGGGUUCUGAACAAGGUUCUACCAGUCAAGAACAGGCCUUAUCUGCUCAGCACGCUGCUGUUAUUAACCUUGCUGGAGUAGGAAGUUUUAUGCAAUCACAGGCAGCUGCAGUUGCGAUUCUUGCAGCAUCAAAUGGCUAUGGCAGCAGCAGCAGCACAAACAGCUCAACUACAUCGUCAUCGGCAUACAGGCAGCCAGUCAAAAAGUAAAAUGAAGAGAGGCACGCCAACCACUCCAAAAUUCUGAGUCUUGCUUCUUUGUUUUUCUUUUAUAAAACCAUAAGAGCAUUGAAUCAGAGGAUUCUGAGUUUCUACUUCAUUUUUGUUUUUUGUUUUUUUUAAAUGUCAGUAUUUUACAUUGCUAGAUGUACAAACUUUAUACAGAAGCACAACCCUAGGAUUUUUGAGUAAAAACAGGAAGAUGGUUUAAUGAACCAUUAGGGUUGGUUUGCCUAAGUCACUGCUUUUUAAAAAUGGUUUCACUGUACAUAAUACAUAAGGAAGUGACCUAAGAAAUACUAGAAACAUCUUUCAGAAGAAUGUAGUUUGAUAUUUAUUUAGUAUAAAAGGUUUGUGCACAGUGUAACAAAUACAGUUUUUACAAAUCUGUUUUGAAAA